CUUCAAUAUUAUACAACACAAACUGACUUUGUGUGAGCGGAUAAGAACGACCCACUCCUCUCUCUCAAUUCUCCACCCCGCCGCCCCUAUUUCCUCCGGCCACCACUCUCCUCAGCCGUCAAACUGGCGAUUGAAAACCAAGAAGUCUCCGUCGUCCGUGAAAUCAAGCCUAAGAACCGCCGUAUCAUGGGUGCUGGAGGACCUGAUGAAGAAGAGAACAAAUGGCCUCCAUGGUUGAAGCCAUUGCUUCGUGAAAGCUUCUUUGUUCACUGCAAAUUACAUGUGGAUUCGCAUAAGUCUGAAUGUAAUAUGUACUGCUUGGAUUGCAUGAAUGGUCCUCUCUGUUCUCUCUGUCUUAAUCACCAUAAGGACCACCGCGCCAUUCAGAUUCGAAGGUCAUCAUAUCACGAUGUGAUUAGGGUAAAUGAGAUUCAGAAACACUUGGACAUAACUUCAGUACAGACCUACGUAAUCAACAGUGCGAAGGUGGUGUUCUUGAAUGAACGGCCGCAGCCGCGGCCGGGAAAAGGCGUUACGAAUACUUGUGAAGUAUGUGAGCGUAGUCUUCUCGAUUCCUUCCGUUUCUGCUCACUUGGGUGUAAGAUUACAGGGACAUCGAGUAAUUUCGAGAGGAAGAGGAAGAUUUCGCCGGAGAAUAAGCAUUUGAUAACGGCAAUGUCGGAUUCGGAGGAUUCAUACAGCAGUAGCAACCUUGGACGGCGGAGGAGUAACUAUAAUGGCAGAAUUCAUAUUCACAGCUUUACUCCGUCAACGCCACCGCCGACGGCGGCCAGCUUCAGGACGGCAAAGAGAAGAAAGGGUAUUCCUCACAGAGCACCAAUGGGAGGACUAAUCAUAGAAUACUAAACAGCCCCCCUAGACUUUUGAUAAAUUACUCUAAAGUCCAUAUAGUCUCCACAUUCUACAGAAUGCACCCCUCACCCACUUUCUCGUAGGAAAUACCUGUAUUACCCUUUACCUCCUCCAUUUGUACAAAGAAGCAGCCCCUAUAAUUUAGUGGAAAUAUCUCUAGUCUCGAAAGGGCAAAAAGGAAAUAAUGAUAAAAAAGAAGUUUAGAAAGUGUCUACAACAAAGUAGUAAGUAGUUAUGGAAGUAGGAAAAAGUAAAGGGUGUAAAACUGUCAAAAAUAAUAUUGGAGUGUGUUUAUACGUUUUUUUUAUGAAUGUAAACAUGUAAUUAUAGUUUUUGUGGUAGAUGAAUAGUGGUAUUGUACUUUUAUACAAUAGAAAAAAACUGUGC